AACUGACUCAUAGGUUUUCAUGUGCUACUUUCAUUUCAGCUUAGCAGUCCUGAGAGCAGCUUGACACCACCACUGUCCACUAACUUGCAUCUUGAAAGUGAGUUGGAAGCCUUAGGAAGUCUGGAAAAUCAUGUAAAAACUGAGCCAGGAGACUUGAGUGAAAGCUGCAAGCAGUCUGGGCAUGGCCUUCUCAAUGGAAAAUCCCCAAUGCGGAGUCUAAUGCACCGAUCAGCCAGAACUGGAGGAGAAGGCAGCAAUAAGGAUGAUGAUCCGAAUGAAGACUGGUGUGCUGUAUGCCAAAACGGAGGAGAUCUGUUAUGUUGUGAAAAGUGCCCCAAAGUGUUUCAUCUGACUUGUCAUGUUCCAACACUCCUCAGCUUUCCGAGUGGAGAUUGGAUAUGUACAUUCUGCAGAGAUCUAAGCAAACCAGAAGUAGAAUAUGAUUGUGACAACUUGCAACACAGCAAGAAAGGGAAAACAGCACAAGGCCUGAGUCCUGUGGACCAAAGGAAAUGUGAACGUCUCCUGCUUUACCUGUAUUGUCAUGAGCUGAGCAUUGAAUUUCAAGAGCCAGUCCCAGCCUCGAUACCAAACUACUACAAAAUAAUAAAGAAGCCAAUGGAUUUAUCUACAGUGAAAAAGAAACUGCAAAAGAAGCAUUCUCAGCAUUACCAAACUCCCGAGGACUUUGUGGCUGAUGUCAGGUUGAUCUUCAAGAACUGUGAAAGGUUUAAUGAAAUGAUGAAAGUUGUUCAAGUUUAUGCAGAAACACAAGAGAUUAAUUUGAAGGCUGAUUCAGAAGUAGCACAGGCAGGGAAGGCAGUUGCAUUAUACUUUGAAGAUAAACUUACAGAGAUCUACCCAGACAGGACCUUCCAGCCUUUGCCUGAAUUUGAGCAGGAAGAGGAUGAUGGUGAAAUAACUGAGGACUCCGAUGAAGAUUUUAUACAGCCACGUAGGAAACGCCUAAAAUCAGAUGAGAGACCAGUGCAUAUAAAGUAAUCUAAUUAUAUGGACCUUAAAUUUAUUGUAAAAACUGUUAUUUAAGUGUUCCUGGAAUAUUACCAUGCCUAUGGUGGCCGUCUUGAAGAAGCUGAUAGCUUUUUAAACAGUAUUAGAGUACAAAAAACACUUGUACAGAAAGGUAUUCUCAUCAGAAGGGGAAAAACUGUAUUGUAAAUUUUUGAUGGAUAUUUUUUUUUUUUCCCCUUGGUUAUUUACUAUUUCCUUUCUUUUCCUGAUGGAGGGGACACACUCAUCCUGGUCUCAGAUAGAGGUGGAUGAAUGUUGAAGAGAAGCAGAUUUGAAAAGAGUUGUUCCAUGUACAGAUGAGACUGCUUAGUAAAAUGUUGUGCAGGACUGGACCAAUACAGUUGCUAUGUGUUACUUUCAUGCUGGACUAUCAUGUAAAACUGUAAGCAAUUUUCCCCAAAUCCCCUCUUUGUGUGAACUUAAAUGUGUGUUGGGUCAUUGCUUUCAUCAUCUCAUUUAAAUGCUGUUGUGAAUAACUGAUCUUCCGUGUUGAUCCAGUUACCUGAAUUUGACUUUCUUUACUACAUUUUGUGUACAGCAAAAGAAAAAAAAAAAACAAAAAAACAACAACAUCAUUAAACUGUUCUGAAUUGGCAACUGUAGGAGUGUGAGUUCUUGACAGAUUGAGACUAAACUGGUUGCAGAGAUUGCUUUUCAGUAGGGCGAGGUGUGUUUGUUACAAAUCCUGUACUCAUGGCACAAACCCUUGAGUUGUAUCAUCUAUCCUUGGUCCCCCUAAUGAGGCAGAAUGUUAUCUUCAGCAUUUGUUAUCUCAUUUUCUGUACUUAAAGAGGUAAUAACUGGUUGGGGUGUUUUUCCAGUCUUCCUAAAUAUCAGUUUCUAAUAGACUGCUCGGCAAACAAUAAUCUGUUAAUUACCAAAUGUGUAAAAUUUCCUGUAUUCACUUUGUCUUACUUGUAAAUAGUAAACUGAGAUUUCUUGCAGAUCAGCAACAUUUGCUGACCUGUUUUUAAGCUAAUAUGUAUUCUUAUGAAUUGUUCCUAUCAAGAAAAGAUUUGUAAUAUAUGCUGUCUAUUUCUAACAUUGCAUUCAUUUUGAGAUUAUAUCUUACUUUUAUUAAGAGUGCUACUCAGAACUUUCUUCAGAAGCAGCUUGUGAGUGAAAUGGUCUGGAAAGAUUGGAAUAAACUCGUUGAGACUGGGUUGCUUGCACAGGCCAGGACUUGGCACUGAAUGGUUUCUGGUCAAAUACUGAAAAGAGGUCAACUUCUCAAUUCCACUUGUGCAGUGCCUACCCAUUGCACACUGUGUUCAUUCUAGCAUUUCAGGUUAGAAAUGAGGUCAUCCCAAAGUAAUUACAGUUUGAACAGUUGCUUUGCUAACACGGAAAUCAAUACUAGAACCGAGAAAUGUAAUUUCUGGCCUUCCUAUAGAUCUUGUUAAAAGUUAAAAUGAAGAAAUUCCGUAGUCAGAUGAGGUCAAGAUGACAGACUAUAAAUUCGCCAUACGAUUUUGUGUGAAUACAGCAAUUCUGUGAUAUAUUACUGGGGUUUUAAUAUAUUAAGCAUGGGCAACUCCUGUGAACUGUUCGUUGUAUGUACUUUACUAUAACAAUGGUAAAGAUCAGUAUUUCUAGCACAGUGUAUCAGGUUGAGAUACGUUCUCAGAAGUGCUUAUGCAAAAUCAAUUGAGAUUUUAUUUCUUUUUAUAGCGGCCAAGCAGGUGCACGUUGUGACUGUACCUCUCACCAUAAGCAAGGAGACUGAAGGUAUUUGUAACUUCGAGCUCACAUCUUUGGAUUAUAUGAACAGUACCACCAAGACAAACUGAUUUUUCUCCAUUUUUUUCAGACCUCCAUAUAGUGUCAGCUUCAAUCUAGUUUUUACCAGUUUGUAUGCAGAAGUUAAAGUUAUCCUCCUCAAAUGUGUAUUAUAUUGACUUAUAGCCCAUAGCAGAGGAUGAGAUGUGUGAAUAGGACACCGAUGGUAACAAGGCAUCAUUAAUGGCUGUGUAUUGCCUAUUUAUGCGUUUCUAGUUUCUCAUUUUCAUUUUGCAAAAGAAUAUUAUUAAAAUUAUAAUGAAAAUAAGAUUUUUUUGUGAAUUCUCUUCAAUUGGGGUCACUGUUUUUAGGUACUGUUUUACUGUUUAAGCGCUCUAGGUUCUGUACCUUCAGGCCUCAGCUUUGUCACCAUUCACUUUGUGAAGCACCGGUCCUUGGCUGCAGAUUCCUAUUGCCUGAACUGGAGCACGGAACAAAUGGUUUGUCCCAUCCACUGAGUGGGAGAAGGACCCCAGUAGGAAGCUGUGGUGCAGGGCUAAGGUGUACCCUGGCUGCUGCAGAGGGGGUAACAUCUCUUCCUGCCAGUUACCAGACUCCAGAGCGGAUGUGACUGUGUUUUAAAACAGCCACUCUGACAGAUUUUCUGCUUUCUCAGAGAGUGAACCAAACUUUGUAGUCUUGCCAGUUAGUUUGUAUUCCACUAGUUCAUCUGCAAACCACGUGUGAUGCUAAACUCUGAUCUUGCACAUGGAACCCAGUGAGCAUCCAGAGUCGGCCCUCCUAUUCAGCUCAUCAGUCCUCAGUGGUGUGAUGUGGAACUUUGCAAAAAGUCUUAAGCAUUUAUUUAAUACAAAGAAACAAAGGGACACUCUGAAUUCCAAGUACAGAAAUGCAGGGGUUGUUUUGAAAUCAGCUAAAUUGCAUCUGAAAAUACUCAAAGGGAUCGAUGGGCUCUGCUGAUGCAGUUCUUACUGUGUAGUCUGUAGGUGUUUAUCCUGGAGCUGGUCAGGGUUUGCUCAGUCGAAGCGAUGUUGUGUUGCCCCACUGGAUGCAACUCAUUCAAGAGGAAAUGGAUGGGUUUUUGUGUUCCUCUGAGCAUCUCUGUGCCAGGUUCCAUGAGUGCAAUAUGGGCAAGUGGCAGUUUGUUAGUCUGGGAAACAGAGCAUCAAUUACUGCAGAUAAAAGCUGCUGUGGGUGCACUCCUGGCCUGCUGUGCUAUGUGUGAUAGCAAGGAGGUGGUCCAGCAUCCAGGGUAACUGUGCUCUCAUUGAAGACAUUUCUGUAGAAAGACCAUUAGUGUCUUAAUUUGUGUUGUAAAUGACCCUGAAGUUUCAGUUAAUCCAAAGAAGUAAAAGGCAACUUGCUUUUGAAAUAGGGAUGACAAGUGUACAGUAUGCUACGUGUGGAUCUCUCAAUUACCUCAGCAGGUAUCCUGCCUCGUAAUUACUAGUGAUUAGUGCUAAUUUAACCAGCUAUGUAGGUUCAGGUCUUUUAUGUGACUGCCCUGGAGCCCAGAGGUCCACACUUACACCGAGGCUGAGUUACUAUCCAAAAAA